GAGAUUCAUUACAAAUGCGAAAAGAGUCGAUGCAUUCUGUCCAAUCUGGGAAUAGGCCAGACUUACAGGUUUUUCUGAUGCUUGACUCAGCUAAAUGGGAAUUGUCUUUUGCAGAAAUUUCGUGUUUAGCUCCUCGCGCAGAUAAACAAGAAGCUGAUUGGAAAAAAAUAAAUUGUCUUUGUAAAGAUGGAAUUGAUGUGAAAUUUGAAAACCUGUUUAAAGGAAGAAAUGUUGAAUGUGAUGAUGCGGGAUGCUUGAUCAACGAGCUCCUCCAAAUACAUUUGUUGGGAUUCAAGUAA